GAGGGCUGAGGACAGGUACUGGAGAGUCAUGCCAGCGAGUCCUGGGCCCCUCCUGAUGUCCGGAGAGGCAGGGGUGCUUCGCAUCUGCCAGAUCACCAGGCCGGCCCCACCCCAGAGCCCUCUGCGCCGGGCCGCCUCCUCCUGGCCAGUCCGCCCUUAACCCCAGAGGGAGACUGCAGCCAGGAGCCUCUUCCAGGACUCAGGGCUGUGAACUGUGACGGGUUCCUCUAGUUCCAGCGGCAUCCUGGGCACGUGCACGGCGACCAGGAGAUCUCUGGGGCCUCCCCUGUUCUGCCACCCUCACUGCCGUCCUUAGGUCAGCAGCCUGGCCUGCACCUUGAACUCCAUGCCCGCCGCUUCCGGAACGUGGUGCCUCUGUGGUCUGGGUAGCGCGGGGUCUCCCUGAGCUAAUUCAGACCAUCUCCGUCUCCAGCAGUGCUGAGCGUCCCUCUGGUGAAAGGAUGGCAGUGCUCAGGCAGCUGGCACUCCUGCUGUGGAAGAACUACACUUUGCAGAAGCGGAAAGUCCUGGUGACGGUCUUGGAACUCCUCCUGCCCUUGCUGUUUUCUGGGAUCCUGAUUUGGCUUCGCUUGAAGAUCCAGUCGGAGAAUGUCCCCAAGGCCACCAUAUACCCCGGCCAGUCCAUCCAGGAGCUGCCCCUGUUCUUCAACUUCCCUCUUCCAGGAGAUACCUGGGAGCUCGCCUACAUCCCGUCACGGAGCGACGCCGUGAGGACCAUCACGGAGACGGCAAGGAGAGCGCUGGUGAUCAACAUGAGAGUUCGCGGCUUUGCCUCGGAGAGGGACUUUGAGGAUUACGUCAGGUAUGACAACCGCUCCUCCAACGUGCUUGCUGCCGUGGUGUUCGAGCACACCUUCAACCACAGCAAGGACCCCCUGCCGCUGGCGGUGAGAUAUCACUUACGGUUCAGUUACACGCGAAGAAAUUACAUGUGGACACAAACAGGCUCCUUUUUCCUGAAAGAGACAGAAGGAUGGCACACCACUUCCCUUUUUCCACUUUUCCCAAAUCCAGGACCGAGGGAACCUGCGUCCCCUGAUGGGGGAGAACCUGGGUACAUCCGAGAAGGCUUCCUGGCCGUGCAGCAUGCCGUGGACAGAGCCAUCAUGCAGUACCACGCAAACGCCUCCACGCACCAGCUGUUCGAGAAGCUCACUGUGAUCGCCAAGAGGUUCCCAUACCCUCCUUUCAUUUCGGACCCCUUUCUCGUCGCCAUCCAGUACCAGCUGCCCCUGCUCCUCAUGCUAAGUUUCACGUACACCUCCCUCACCAUCAUCCGGGCUGUCGUGCAGGAAAAGGAGAGGAAACUGAAGGAAUACAUGCGCAUGAUGGGGCUUAGCAGCUGGCUGCACUGGACCGCAUGGUUCCUGCUCUUCUUCCUCUUCCUCCUCAUCGCCGUCUCCUUCAUGACCCUGCUCUUCUGCGUCAAGGUGAAGAAGGACGUGGCAGUGCUCACGCACAGUGACCCCUCGCUGGUGCUGGUCUUCCUGGCCUGCUUUGCCAUCUCCUCCAUCUCCUUCAGCUUCAUGGUCAGCACCUUCUUCAGCAAAGCCAACAUGGCAGCAGCUGUCGGGGGCUUCCUGUACUUUUUCACAUACAUCCCCUACUUCUUCGUUGCUCCUCGAUACAACUGGAUGACUCUUAGCCAGAAGCUCUUCUCCUGUCUCUUGUCUAAUGUCGCCAUGGCGAUGGGAGCCCAGCUCAUAGGAAAAUUUGAAGCGAAAGGCACAGGUGUCCAGUGGCGAGACCUCCUGAGUCCUGUCAACGUGGACGACAACUUCACCUUUGGCCAAGUGCUGGGCAUGCUGCUGCUGGACUCCGUCCUCUAUGGCCUGGUGACCUGGUACAUAGAGGCCGUCUUCCCGGGGCAGUUUGGUGUGCCCCAGCCCUGGUACUUCUUUAUCAUGCCCUCGUAUUGGUGCGGGCGCCCGAGGACAGUUUUAGGGAAAGAGGAAGAAGACGAUGACCCUGAGAAAGCGCUCAGGACAGAGUUCUUUGAAGCUGAGCCAGAGGACUUGGUGGCUGGGAUCAAGAUCAAGCAUGUGUCCAAGGUGUUCAGAGUGGGGAACAAGGGCAAGACGGCCGUCAGAGACCUGAAUCUGAACCUGUACGAGGGGCAGAUCACCGUCCUACUGGGCCACAAUGGUGCGGGGAAGACUACCACUCUAUCCAUGCUCACAGGUCUCUUCCCCCCAACCAGUGGGCGGGCGUAUAUCAACGGGUAUGAAAUUUCACAAGACAUGGUUCAGAUCCGGAGGAGCCUGGGCCUGUGCCCACAGCAUGACGUCCUGUUUGACAACCUGACAGUCGCAGAACACCUGUACUUCUACGCUCAGCUGAAAGGCUUGUCGCGCCACAAGUGCCCUGAGGAAGUCAAACAGAUGCUGCACAUCCUCAGUCUGGAGGACAAGCGGGAUGCCCGGUGCAGGUUCCUGAGCGGAGGGAUGAAGCGCAAGCUGUCCAUCGGCAUCGCCCUCAUCGCAGGCUCCAAGGUGCUGAUGCUGGAUGAGCCCACCUCGGGCAUGGAUGCCAUCUCCAGGAGGGCCAUCUGGGACCUUCUUCAGCAGCAGAAAAGUGACCGCACCAUCCUGCUGACCACCCACUUCAUGGACGAGGCUGACCUGCUGGGGGACCGCAUCGCCAUCAUGGCCAAGGGGGAGCUGCAAUGCUGCGGGUCAUCGCUGUUCCUCAAACAGAAAUACGGCGCAGGCUACCACAUGACGCUGGUGAAAGAGCCUCACUGCAACCCUGAGGGCAUCUCCCGGCUGGUCCGCCACCACGUCCCCAACGCCACCCUGGAGAGCAGCGCUGGAGCAGAGCUGUCAUUCGUUCUUCCCAAGGAGAGCACGCACAGGUUUGAAAGUCUUUUUGCAAAACUGGAAAAGAAGCAGAAGGAGCUGGGCAUUGCCAGCUUUGGGGCCUCUGUCACCACCAUGGAGGAAGUCUUCCUACGGGUCGGUAAGCUGGUCGACACCAGCAUGGACAUCCAGGCCAUCCAGCUGCCUGCCCUGCAGUACCAGCACGAGAGGCGGGCGAGCGACUGGGCAGUAGACAGCAACCUGUGCGGCACGAUGGACCCAACCGAUGGCAUCGGCGCCCUGAUCGAGGAUGAGUGCACUGCCGUCAAGCUCAACACCGGGCUCACCCUCCGCUGCCAGCAGUUCUGGGCCAUGUUCCUGAAGAAGGCUGCGUACAGCUGGCGGGAGUGGAAGAUGGUGGUGGCGCAGGUCCUGGUCCCCGUCACAUGCAUCACCCUGGCCCUCCUGGCCAUCAACUACUCUGCUGAAAUCUUCGAUGACCCCAUCCUGAAGCUGACCUUGGGCGAGUACGGCAGAACCGUCGUGCCCUUCUCGGUUCCUGGGACUUCUUGGCUGGCCCAGCAGCUGUCGGAGCGUUUGAAGGACAUGCUGCAGGCACAGGGCCAGGAGCCUCGAGAGGUGUUGGGUGACCUGGAAGAAUUCCUGAUUUUCAGGGCCUCGGUGGAGGGGGGCGGCUUUAAUGAGCGGUGCCUGGUGGCAGCGUCCUUCAGAGACGUCGGUGAGCGGACGGUUGUCACCACCCUGUUCAACAACCAGGCCUACCACUCCCCGGCCACCGCGCUGGCCGUCGUCGAUAACCUCCUGUUCAAGAUGCUGUGCGGCCCUCGGGCCUCGCUCAUCGUCUCCAACUACCCUCAGCCCCGGAGCGCGCUGCAGGCUGCCAAGGAUCAGUUCAGCGAGGGCCGGAAGGGAUUUGACAUCGCCCUCAACUUGCUCUUCGCCAUGGCAUUUCUGGCCAGCACAUUCUCCAUCCUGGCAGUCAGCGAGAGGGCCGUCCAAGCCAAGCACGUCCAGUUUGUGAGCGGUGUCCACGUGGCAACUUUCUGGCUCUCAGCUCUGCUGUGGGACCUCAUCUCCUUCCUCAUCCCCGCUCUGCUGCUGCUGGUGGUGUUCAAAGCCUUCGACGUACACGCCUUCACGCGGGAUGGCCACGUGGCUGAUGCCCUGCUGCUGCUUAUGCUCUACGGCUGGGCCAUCAUCCCCUUCAUGUACCUGACGAGCUUCUUGUUCUCGGGGGCAGCGACUGCCUACACGAGGUUGACCAUAUUCAACAUCCUGUCAGGCGUGGCCACCUUCCUCAUGGUCACCAUCAUGCGCAUCCCAGCGGUAAAGUUAGAAGAACUUUCUAGAACCCUGGACCAUGUGUUCCUGGUGCUGCCCAACCACUGUCUGGGGAUGGCGGUCAACAGCUUCUACGAGAACUAUGAGACCAGGAGGUAUUGCACCUCCUCUGAGGUGGCCGCCCACUACUGCAGGAAAUACAACAUCCAGUACCAGGAGAACUUCUAUGCGUGGAGUGCCCCAGGAGUUGGCAGGUUCGUGACCUCCAUGGCUGCCUCAGGGUUUGCGUACCUCACCCUGCUUUUCCUCAUUGAGACCGACUUGCUGUGGAGGCUGAAGACCUGCAUCUGUGCCUUCCGGAGGAGGCGGGCGCUGACGGAAGUGUACACACGGCCAUCAGCGCUGCCCGAGGACCAGGACGUGUUGGAUGAGAGGAACCGAAUCCUGACCCCCAGCCUGGACUCCCCAUUGGACACGCCUCUGGUCAUCAAGGAGCUCUGCAAGGUGUAUGAGCAGCGGGCGCCUCUCCUCGCCGUGGACAAGGUCUCCCUUGCAGUCCAGAAAGGGGAGUGCUUCGGCCUCUUGGGUUUCAAUGGAGCUGGGAAAAGCACCACUUUCAAAAUGCUGACUGGGGAGGAGACCAUCACGUCUGGGGAUGCAUUUGUCGGGGGCUACAGCAUCAGCUCAGACAUCGGGAAGGUGCGGCAGCGGAUCGGCUACUGCCCCCAGUUUGAUGCCCUGCUGGACCACAUGACAGGCCGGGAGACAUUGGUCAUGUACGCCCGGCUCCGGGGCAUCCCUGAGCGCCACAUCGGGGCCUGCGUGGAGAACACGCUUCGGGGCCUGCUCCUGGAGCCACAUGCCAACAAGCUGGUCAGGACUUACAGUGGUGGCAACAAGCGGAAGCUGAGCACUGGCAUUGCCCUGCUUGGAGAGCCUGCGGUCAUCUUCCUGGAUGAGCCAUCCACUGGCAUGGACCCUGUCGCCCGGCGCUUGCUCUGGGACACCGUAGCGAGGGCUCGCGAAUCUGGCAAGGCCAUCGUCAUCACCUCCCAUAGCAUGGAGGAAUGCGAGGCCCUGUGCACCCGGCUGGCCAUCAUGGUGCAGGGUCAGUUCAAGUGCCUGGGCAGCCCGCAGCACCUCAAGAGCAAGUUUGGCAGCGGCUACUCCCUGCGGGCCAAGGUCCGGAGCGAUGGGCAGCAGGAGGCGCUGGAGGAGCUCAAGGCCUUCGUGGACCUGACCUUCCCAGGCAGCAUCCUGGAAGAUGAGCACCAAGGGAUGGUCCAUUACCACCUGCCCGGCGAUGACCUCAGCUGGGCAAAGGUCUUUGGUAUCCUGGAGAAGGCCAAAGAGAAGUACGGAGUGGACGACUACUCUGUGAGCCAGAUCUCGUUGGAGCAAGUCUUCCUGAGCUUCGCCCACCUGCAGCCCCCUGGCGAGGAUGAGGGGCCAUGAGCAGCCUGGAAGGGGCGGGGCGAGCGGGCACAGGUGGGCAUCCUCUCCCUCCGAGUACAUCUUAUCCUGCACCUUUAUUUCUGAUCACUGUUUUCUCUGAUGGCUCUGAGAAUCAAGGCACAAUAUGGACGGGGUGCAUCGGUGCCCUCACGCCGGGAAUCAUCAGGUGAACACCCAUGUCUAAGGUGGUCGCCGAACCCCGAUCUCCAAAACUCAAGAUCCCAACCAAAAGCGGGGCCGGCAGUCUGUGUGGGCAAGCUGCAGGGUCUUUGGGGGAGAGCUGUCCAGGAAGGGGCCACAGCUGACCAGGGGAGAGCACCCAGUGACAUGUCUACGUUCACACGUGGCACAGAGCUUCUCUGGGUGUGAAACGGGAAACCAGCAGGAUAGUUAGUAGCUGGGCUUGCUGGGCUGCCCAGGAAUGGACAGAAAAGUCGCCGGUCGCCAUCCAUGGGGGCUAUGCCAGCUGUGAUUAGGCACUGAGGUCGUGGCUUCCAGUGCAGCCAAGGGCAUCCUGGGAGCUCCUGCUCCUCAGCGUGUGAACACUAUGCGAGGCAGAGCUGACCUUUCACCCAGCACCGUCCCACCAGCGUCAUCCAGCGUCAGGCGGCGCAGCGAGGGAAGGCAGUCAGUCCUCCAUGCCAGGCCCCGGUCUCCGGAGAAGCCAUCAGCUGGGAGGCCACCUAUGGAGGAUGCUCCUAACCCAUGGUGAAUCUGUCCGGAAAAUAAAAGCUGGAAGGGAACAUGA